AUGUUGCAGUGCGGCCAGGAGCGCUGCAGCAAGGUGGAUCUGAUGGCGCUAAUCAGACUCACCAGGACCACCUGCGGUCAAAAGCUCAAGGACAGCAAAGCGAAGCUCCGAGCUCAGCAGUGUUCAUGGGUCGUCAUAUCGAGCCUUUGCGUCAUCGCGCGACUGGUCCGCAGGCUACUCGACAGAGGGCCGUGCCCAGACUGGGCGGUGCUGAGAGUCGAAGAGGUGUGCGUCUCGCUCACGUACUUGUUCUGCCUUGCGGUCUACACGUUUGCCGCCGCCUUGGCUAGCAUGGGCCUGGGGCGCGAGUUCUGGGCCUUGAACACCGAGCAAAUCAGCAAAAUAACCUUCUUUCUGUACCUGACGCAGAUUUUUCAUGCGGUAGCCAUUGGACUGCUGAGAUGCUCAUUCCUGGUGUUUUACUGGCGUGUUUUCACGGGCAAGGGGUGUGGUGGAAGCGAGAGGUCCCGUCGCUGGGGACCUGGCGGGCGUUGGAAGUUUCGCCAGAUUCUGCUGUGGACAAUCGUGGACCAGAGCGGCGUUUCAAUUGCCAGUCUCUUGGCUGCCAUCUUCCAGUGCUGGCCGAUAUACAAGACCUGGGAGGGCUGGAGAGGGGGCGCCGCGGCCGGGGUUUGCGUGCAGCCGACGACCCUGAUUCUGAUCAACGCCAGCAUCUGCAUCGCUACUGGCCUGUGGAUUCUCUGCCUGCCCCUCUCGCAGCUUCGGACGCUUGACCUCACCCGCGAGGCAGUGAUUGGAGUCGGCAUCAUGCUCUGCAUGGGAACAAUAGUCUCUAUGUUGAGCAUCUUGCGUCUGGCGCCGACCCUCCGCCUCAAGCAAGUUUUUCUGGUCCUGGGAGGGCCGGCCGCGAUGGUCAGUUGGACCACGGCCGAGUUGACAGCUGGCAUCGUCUGCGUUUGCAUGCCCAGCAUUCAUGUCGUCGGCUUCCGGGUGCUCGCGGCCCUCCUCGCACACACCCCAUGGCGCUUGCCAGACCGGGACUUUUCUUCCCUGGCGGCAUCCCCGUUCGGCGCUGCCGCCGGGCUAGAAGCGGACAAGAUGCUCGGCGCCCAGCGCGACCCCGGCGUCGCGAAGCGUUGGGGGAUGGACGGCACCCAGCAGCUGGGGCGGUCCUGA